GUCCUUGUGUUGCCUUCCCUCGGUCGAGUCAGAGACGCUCCGAAAUGCAGCAUCUAAUCCUGCCCGUUCUCCUGGCAGCCAUCUGGACAACCUGCACAGGUUCAGGAGAUUGGUGCUAUCAGUCCCAGUUCACCUGUGAUCUUCAGUGCAAUGUGCCAGACUUGUGGAACCACGCCAACAGCAACUGUGCAGGAAAAAAACAGUCACCCAUCAACGUCGUCACCAGAAAGACUUUGAAAGACGAGCGACUCACUUAUUUCAAGUUCGAAAACUACCAGCAGAUGUUCAAAGGCACCAUCAAGAACAACGGCCACUCAGUUCAGGUUGGAGUUCCUCACCUGAGCACCAUCUCAGGUGGAGGCCUGCCUACCACCUACAAGGCUGUGCAGUUCCACCUGCACUGGGGCAAAAAUGGAGGACCCGGCUCUGAACACACCAUCGAUGGGGAGCAGUAUCCCAUGGAGCUGCACAUUGUUCACAUGAAGCACCAUUACAGUGACCUGACAACAGCACUAUCAGACCCAGAGGGAGUUGCAGUCCUUGGGUUUUUCUAUGAGAGGUCCAACAGUGCAAACCGAAAGUAUGACCCCAUCAUCAAUUCUUUGCGAAGCAUCAGAGAUUAUAGCAAUACAUCUGUGCUCACUGUCUCCCUGGCACAACUAAUCCCAUCUGAGCAGAAUUUAACCACCUAUUACCGCUAUAGCGGCUCUCUGACUACCCCAGGGUGCACUGAGGCUGUGAUUUGGACUUUGUUUGAGAAUCCCAUCCCUCUGAGUAUGGAUCAGCUGCAGGAGUUCUCUGAGCUCAAGUUUCACGAUGGAAAGCCGAUGGUGGGGACAUUCAGGCCUGUCCAGCCACUGAACGGUCGACAGGUGUUCCGGUCAGGAGGAGCGAUGGUCCUUGCCAGCUCAGCCCUCCUUGUGGCCGCCAUCGCCACAGCCUUGGGACUGUCGCGACCCAACUAGAGCGGGGCAUCCCAUGCUGCACUGCGACAUCCAUGAACACAAAAUAAGUUCUGUAUCACUCCUCAGCUGAACCCUGGUUUUUUAACAAGUUCACCGCAUGGAUGCUAAGAUGAUCGACCACGUCGUAGUGCAGGCAUGACUCAUCUGACAACACUCUCUCUUACAACACAAAUGACAAAGGUGUUCUCGGAAUGCCUUAUGAAAGGUGUUGUAAGGGUUUUGAUAAACAUUCAUGCAUGCAUAGUGAAGCAGUAGGUCUUAUAUCAGGAUCAUGAAUGUGCCAUAAAGCAGGUUACCAAGCAUUUGAAGUGACAACUGAAUUCAAUCACCAGAUCCCUUAUCAACAAUACUUGGGUUUCGUGCCCUGAUUUUUCACGGCAUCAUCCUAUAAAGAUCAGCACACACACAUGCUUGUAAACUUUAGACCUCACCCACCUCGUCCAAUGUCAGGUAAAUUUAGUCUCUGCUAAUGUCAGUGCGAGUUGCCGAUGGCUUGCGCUCUAAGUGCCGAUGUCAGCCCCAUGACCUGGCACGUGAUGUGUUGUUCUGUGUUGUUCUGUGUUGUUCUAUUAAUAGCAGAAGUGAGUCACAAAAAACAAGCUCCAUUUCCAAGCCAGCGGUCAAAGGAGUCAGCAGUUUGGCUUUUCUUUCCAAGUCCAGGAGGACACAGUGCAGCCGUCAGGUGAACCCUCCACAGCCAGUCAGUCAGCACUUGGUUAGGGAAAGGUGGGAGGGGGGUGAGGUCUUGCCUUGCAUAGCAUGCUGUUCUGACAGCAAAACUGCUGUCUAUCCCCCUGCAGCUAGAGGCUACUGACACCUGAGACAAAGAUGAAGAUGCAGAGAUGCUAAUGCUAAUGGUGCGUCACAAAGCAAGUGGCAGCUUGGUUUCAGGGAAACGGGGAACAGGAAGCGUCUGCAGCGUGAGGAGACAGCAACACUAUUGAGAAUCAACCAGCACAUAAAAUGUCACUUCUCUCAAUGCCGUUACUUUUUAAUGCAUCUCAAACACUCGCAUGAAUUCGCAUGUCUUGAUGUUCCAGAUGUUUAUUAUGCUACAUAUACAUGACUUCUGGCGUGAAGCUGCACAUGCAAAUCCGUGCUCGUUAAACUCAUACACACACGUCAGUCACUCCAUUUCACAUUUUUGACCUGUGAAGUUCACUGAGCUUAUCUUGAGAACAUGUGACUGUGUUCAUGGCUUGUAUUACAGAUGCACUGAAUGUUAUCGACUGUGAAUUACAACCCACUGAGUUCUCCCUCAUUUAUUCAGGAGGACUUGUUAUGUAUUCUUGUGAGAGAUCUGUGCAAUUUUCAAGACAGAAAGAUUUGCUGUGAUGAUCGAGCAAAGAAUCUGUAUAUAUUCCAUUGUUUCAGAAGGCAUCAAGUUAUAAUUCUAUGAUGUGUCAUUGUACACAUGUAUUUAUGUACUAAAUGUGUAUAUUGAUAUGAGACAGACAGUUAUUGUUAUUUAUGUACGCAAAGUUUAUAUAGUACUGAAUGCAAACCGAUAUAUGAAGCAUCGAGUUGUUCAUGACCAAUUGACUUUACUUAUGAUGUUCAUGUGUAUGAGAUUGUCAGGUUGUAAUGCUUGAAAUUGUCAUAAAUAAUAUGGAGAAUGUGUUCCA